AUGGCAGAUUUUGAAUCGCACAUAAAGGGCAAAAAGUUCUUGUUGGAGAAUAGUGAGCGGGGCAACACCAUUGCGGAAGCAGACAGCUUUGACCCACUUGAUACUAACUCCCAUGGCAUGGUUCGUACCGAUUCAGACGACUCUCUGCACCUGAAACCAGUACGUCCGCGCGAGUUCCGAUCGUUCAUGGUUGUACCUUUCGUCACUCUUUUGCUUGGACUCGCAAUUGCCCUAGGCGUUCUGUUGUUGAAGAGUCAGCCUCAUGGCUCGGACCUGUUCCUCGUUGCCGAGUCGAAUUACACGGCAGGAACCCCGCUUCCAGCAUGGACUGAUGAUCAGUUCAUGUACAUGCCUUUUAUGGACGAAGAGCAGUUGAGCACCGAGAACAUAGAAGAAACUCAGGCUCGUACGACAGCCAUAGGAGUGAAGCCUGAAUGCCAACAAGUUCAAGCCCAGAACUGGACGGCCAGCUGGUUUGCGAAGAAGUAUGGCGAGUCGCUCAGCAAUAUCUCCAUGACAGUGGAUGGUAUAACCUGCAGAAGAACGGGGAUAAUGACGUCGGUAGGACCGACCGGCGUUGGGGAGUUAAACCCAGUAUGCCAGACUGGGAAAGUAUCUAUGCAGUUUGCCGGUAUACUAGAAGCGCGCCAGAAUGCUUCUUUGGCCGAGCAAACCUUCUGCGCAGAGUUGGCGGUCCUUGCCUACAUCCAAGAUGAGAACAUAUGUUCGCGGAACACUACGACUGAGUUCAACGAGCAGAACGCCGUCUUCUUUGGAUGCCGCCCACGACUGAUUGGUGGCGAGAGUGAUGUGCUGGUCAGUAGAGACGGACGAGUACAACACGUCUUACAAGCCAACAUCACAUCGGACCUCUCCCCGCAAUUUCUCGAGCGUCACUUCAGUAAUGAUGCUUCCAACCUUCUGCGCCAGGGCAAUGCAUAUUUAUUCACUGGCACUACCGCCCCGAAAUGGCAUAACGACUCAUAUGCCAUUGACUUCAUAAACUACUUCAUGAUCAAGCAAAGUAACAACAGCCGACUUAUAGACCCAAGCCUGCCUCUACCGACACUCGAACAAGUAACGCGGGACUUGUACCCUGUCUAUAGCAAACUCUUCGCCAUCUGGCUCGGCAUCAACAAAAGAAAAUUACUAGUGUCACGCGAAGAGGGCGCUACUUCGGUUGUGGAGGGUCUGGUGAACCAGCGUCAAACUCGUGUCUUUCUUUCUACGCCAUUAUUUGUUAUGGCGGAGAUAAUCUUGGGCGUCUAUAUUAUCGUCGCUGUAUGCAUCUACCUGUGGCGGCCGGGCCGCUUCCUACGUCGCAUGCCGACUUCCAUCGGAGCCAUCAUAGCGCUGUUUGCAGCGAGUCAGGCCGUGCGCGAAAUGCGUGGAACGAGUCUAUUGACAAGACGGGAUCGGAGGAAGCAUCUACAGAGCUUGGGUGGGACGUAUGGCUACGGUACAUUCAUUGGUGCAGACGGGAGAUUGCACGAAGGUAUUGAGAAAGAGCCGUUUGUGGAUGCUGUGCCGGUUCGUGGAGUGCUUGAGAACGUGCAAACAGGCUUCUCCUCGAAGAGCUCGAUGUUCAAACGCACUCGUGGCUGA